AUCAAUACGCACCGACACAACCGUUAGGAACAACUAUCACUCGCGUUUCAACAUUGUUAGGAGAAGUUUAAGUCUCGGAGAUCUGUAUUUCCUCUUUAAAAAGCCUUUGCAGGGUGGAUUUUAGGUGAGACUACCAACUUUCCUGAGGCGCGAACGCGGAGCGCGUGCUACUGGAGAGUGCGAGAUCUGAGAUCAUUGAGUAUGCUGUAACGGGACACUGGCAUUUGGGUUGAAGGAGAGAUUUCAUCUGUUUUUAGGCUCGCAUGGAGGGUGAGAAUCAUCUGCAGCACUGGAACACAUUAAGGUGUUUUCUGUUGUGUCUUGUAGUACUUAUCCUUACAACAGAGGUCAACGCAGGAGUGAAGAAGAGCACUGGACCAUGUGGAGGGAGAGACUGCAGUGGAGGGUGUCAGUGUUACCCUGAGAAGGGCUCAAGGGGAUUGCCUGGACCGCUUGGCCCCCAGGGUCCUACGGGCCCUAAAGGACGACAGGGAGAGCCUGGUCUUCAGGGCCCUAAAGGAAUGAAGGGAGAGCAUGGCGAAGGAGGCUUUGUGGGUCCAAAAGGAAGUGUGGGAAUGGAAGGGGUUCCAGGGUUUAACGGAGCUGAUGGUGUUCCUGGCCAUCCUGGACCAUCUGGAGCUCGAGGUAAAGCAGGACCUGAUGGCUGUAAUGGAACCCGGGGAGAUUCAGGAACACCGGGCAUCCCAGGUUUAGGAGGCAGACAAGGAACACCAGGCUGGCCAGGAAUGAAGGGGGAGAAAGGUGAUCCUUUGGAGGUUUGGGUCUAUAUGGAAAGAUUCAGGGGAGAUCCAGGACCAGCUGGUUUUCCAGGGAUUGUUGGACCAACUGGUGACCCAGGAUACAGAGGAAUGCCAGGAUUCCAAGGUCCUUGGGGUCCUCAAGGUCCUCAAGGUGCUAAAGGACAAAAGGGUGAAAGAACUAAAAUCCUAAAAGGAGUCAAAGGAGAAUUGGGAGAAAUUGGAGAGCCAGGCCCACCAGGAGUUUUCUCGCAAACCAGCCCAAUCCCUUCAGACUGGCAGGGUGAAAAAGGCGUAAAGGGUUAUAAAGGCAACAAGGGAGAUUCGGGAUAUUUGUCUACCGAAGCAGAGACCGGUGUGUCAGGGUUUCCAGGAGCUCGGGGAAACCCAGGAUUAGGUGGCUGGCCAGGACCUAGGGGUGACACUGGACUGCCAGGUUUCCCAGGAAAUAAUGGCCGCAAGGGAGACGUAGGAGAACCCGGGGAGCUCAUAGGAAGUCCAUUUGAUGAUACUGGAGUGGGUCCUCCAGGACCUCCAGGAGAGCGUGGCCCUGUUGGAAAUUAUGGUCGUAAGGGUGCUAAAGGACAGCCAGGUGCUCCAGGACCCCCUCCCUAUGGACAACAAACAGUUGAUUUGUGGGGCCCAGAAGGACCUCGGGGGCCAAAGGGAGCCAGUGGUGAAACUGGAGAACCUGGUAAUCCUGCCACUCAGCCUGGGCCACCUGGCCCUGAUGGAUCACCUGGAGGUUUUGGACCCCCUGGACCCAAGGGAUCAUUGGAAGAGUACUUCAAAGGUUCACCUGGACAUCGUGGACGUCCAGGGAGUGCAGGAAAAAAGGGGCCAAAAGGUGACCAUGGUCUGUGCGAAUGCAGUGUAAAACCCCCACCUGGUCCCCCGGGGCCUCCUGGGGAUUCUGGGGACUCUGGGAUGGCUGGUGAGUGGGGUCAGCAGGGUGAUCAAGGAGACCCAGGAACCAGAGGUGCCAAUGGUUUGCCUGGUUUUCCUGGGACAGAAGGAUUACCUGGACCCAAAGGCAGAAAAGGAGAGCUCAUGGAAGCUGUGCAGAAAGGAUCAGCUGGUGACCCAGGAGACUCAGGUCACAGUGGUUUCCCUGGAGAACAGGGAAGACCUGGGUUUGAUGGCAGAGAUGGUGAACCAGGUUUUAAAGGGUCUCCUGGUGAAGGUCCUGUUGGUGAGCCUGGAGCAAAGGGAUACUCUGGUCCACCAGGUCGUUCAGGUCUAAUCGGCCCAAAAGGAAAUCCUGGCCAAGUUCUCGGAGCAACUAAAGGUUCAAGUGGCUUGCCUGGAAUUGAAGGACAGACUGGUCCUGAUGGGAAAAGAGGGCCUCCUGGUCCUCCAGGAGACUGUAGCUCAAGUGGAGGAAGUCAGUGGAGUAUUCCAGUGGAGUGUAUAGGAGAUCCUGGGCCACCUGGAGAGAGUGGGCUACCUGGACCUCUAGGGUUGGAAGGAUUUCCUGGAGUACCAGGACCUAAAGGCACAGCAGGUUUUUCUGGAGAUCUCGGUGACAAAGGAGAGAGAGGUGAACCAGGAAGAGGAGGCCCACCUGGACCAAAGGGUUUUACUGGACCUCGGGGAGAUUUAGGAUAUCCUGGCACCAAAGGUGUGAAAGGUCCCUCAGGUUUCUCUGGUAAACCAGGUUUGGAUGGUGCUUCAGGGGGAAAGGGUGAACAUGGUGAAGUAUUAGGAGCAUCUUCUGGAGCCCCUGGAGAUCCGGGACUGCCGGGACAUAGGGGAGACACCGGCCUGACUGGAGAUCAAGGCUUACCAGGAUACUUUGGUAUGGAGGGUAUGCCAGGUAUGACUGGCUUCAAAGGUGAAAGUGGCCCUCCAGGUCUUCAAGGAGAGCAAGGACGACCUGGACCACCAGGAACAUUUGGUUUUCCUGGGCAGUCUGGGUACACAGGACCUCCUGGACCACCUGGAAAUAUGGGAGAACCAGGUCCUAGUGGAAGAAGGGGAGAUCAGGGAGAGCCAGGACUAUUAGGAGCAAGGGGGGUAAAAGGUGCCAUUGGAGACCCUGGCAAUAUUGGUGUGACAGGAAAUAUUGGGCCCCCAGGAGUUCAAGGAGAAACGGGUGGUCUUGGUUUUGGUGGUCUCCCAGGCUUAAAAGGUUCCAAAGGUGGUCAGGGUAUGACUGGUUUCCCUGGAAAGACUGGUGAGAAAGGUUUGAAAGGAUUUUCAGGAACGAAAGGGGAGAUCGGUUUACAAGGACAGCAAGGUGCAAAAGGAGCUCCUGGUUCUCCAGGUCAAAAAGGUGACCGAGGGCUGAUGGGGCCUCCAGGUGACAAACCAGUCAUAAAUUUAACACCACAUAUGAAAGAGGUCAUAAAAGGAUCUAAAGGUGACCAUGGAAAUAUGGGAGAUCCUGGCUUCACUGGUCCCAGAGGUACAAAAGGCUUUCCAGGUAUCCCGGGAGGUGGGGGAAAAGAUGGACAUCCAGGUGAGCCCAGUGUUGUAAAAGGUACAAAAGGUCUACCUGGAGAAGAGGGUUUUGAAGGGCCCAAGGGAAUGCCGGGGCCUACAGGACUCCCUGGAAUUGACGGUUUCCCUGGAAUGUCUGGACCCAGGGGUGACAAAGGUUCAUCUGGUGCCUAUGGACGACCUGGAGAUUCUGGAAUCAAAGGAUUCAAAGGUGACUUGGGUCCUACCAUCAGUCUUCCAGGAUCAACAGGACUGAGAGGUGAAACUGGACAUUCUGGACCUGCAGGUGAGAAGGGACUCUAUGGUAAGCCUGGAGAAAGAGGAGGUUCAGGAUUUGAUGGAAUUGAAGGGAUGAAAGGCUACCUAGGUGAACCUGGGACAGUUGGACCACCAGGCUCUGAUGGACUACAGGGUUUCCCAGGAAGCCAGGGUCACAAGGGCUGGUCAGGAGAGCCAGGACAGACAGGAACCACUGGAAUCCAAGGCCAGCCUGGCCAAAAAGGAUUUCCUGGUCUUAAAGGCAUUUUUGGAUUGGAUGGACUAAAAGGUCAAAAGGGUAACCAGGGUGUCCCAGGUACUGACAACUGGGGCCAACCAGGAGACCCAGGAACUAAAGGAGAGAUAGGAGAGACUGGCAUCCCCAGCACAGCAGUUGGUGUCCCCGGCUCACUGGGACACAAGGGUACCGUUGGAGAUCCAGGAAAUAAGGGUGAAAUUGGGCAGCGAGGUGUACCGGGUCCUCAAGGUCAACAAGGAUUUUCUGAUAUAAAAGGAACACAGGGUGACUAUGGUUUUCCAGGCAUAAAAGGAAUACCAGGUUUUCCUGGUACCAGAGGAACCCCAGGGAUCCCAUCUCCCUUCGGAGCAAAAGGAGAUAGAGGAAAUGCAGGGGAUUUUGGAUUAUUUGGAGAAAAAGGAGUCCAGGGUGACAGAGGAGAAAAAGGAAGGUCUGGGGAAUCUGGAGUGUCAGGAAGAAAAGGUGAUAAAGGAGAGCCAGGGAUGAUGGGAUUUCCAGGGAGACGUGGUUUUCAAGGUGACAGGGGCCCUUUUGGACCUAAAGGAGAUACCGGACCCCCAGGUUUUCCUGGAUUACCUGGUGCUAAAGGAUAUCCACCAGUUCCACAGAAACUACCAGGGGAGCAAGGACCACCUGGUCUGUUGGGAAUUCAGGGACCAUCGGGGCGCAAUGGAAACCCAGGCCCAGCGGGACCUCCUGGUGAUCCAGGAUUUGUGGGUCCGAGCGGACACAAGGGGAUGCCAGGUCUUCCUGGAAUACCAGGAAGUCCAGGCUUCCGUGGAGAACCUGGAUCAAUGGGCCACUCUGGUCUGCAAGGCGAACAAGGGACUCGAGGACGGCCUGGUAUACCCGGUCCUCUUGGAAUGGCUGGCCGCAGUGUGAACGUUGGCUAUCUGCUGGUGAAGCACAGUCAGUCUGAGGAGAUCCCUAUGUGUCCUCAGGGCAUGUCCUUGUUAUGGAAGGGUUACAGUCUUCUGUAUUUCGAGGGCCAGGAAAAGGCCCACAACCAAGACCUGGGUCUAGCCGGCUCAUGUCUCCCCCGUUUUAACACCAUGCCCUUCCUGUACUGUAAUCCUGGAGACAUAUGCUACUACGCCAGCCGCAAUGACAAAUCCUAUUGGCUGUCCACAACCCAGCCAAUUCCCAUGAUGCCCGUGGAGGAAUCUGAAAUAAAGCCCUACAUCAGCCGCUGCUCUGUGUGUGAAGCUCCAUCUGUGGCCAUCGCCGUACACAGUCAAGAUACAACCAUCCCAAACUGCCCAGUUGGCUGGAGAAGCCUCUGGAUUGGCUAUUCCUUCCUCAUGCACACAGCGGCUGGAGAUGAAGGUGGAGGUCAGUCUCUGGCGUCUCCAGGCUCAUGUCUUGAAGAUUUCCGCACCACCCCCUUCAUCGAGUGCAACGGGGCCAAGGGAACGUGUCACUACUUCGCCAACAAGCACAGCUUCUGGCUGACAUCUAUCGAUGAGUCCUUCCAAAGCUCCCCUUCCUCUGAGACACUCAAAGCCGGUCAGCUCCUGUCCCGCAUCAGCCGCUGCCAAGUGUGCAUGAAGAACCUGUAGCCUGUGAACUUUUAACUGCAGCAUCGGCUUCUACGGUUAACACCCGCUCAGUACUUCAUUCCAAGUUAGGCUUUUGAAAUUGCUUCAUUUAUUUAACGUACGCUCUCAGAUUCACUCUUCACUACUGUGUGCCUUAUGACUGAAGAUAAUAACUAUGAAAGCCCAGCCAUGAUAUCUGUCUUUUCUGUAUUUAUGAAAUGGUGCUUAAUUUCUAACUUAUUACCUCAGCAUUAUUAUUAUUAUUAUCUUACUAUCUGUUAUUGUUGUAAGCAAGAACAUACAGCUGAACCAAAGAAGGCCCGACUAACGCUCCUCUCCACCCUGUCAGAGUGAAAACUGGUUUCAUCAGCAUUGAUUUACACUAAAUACACACUCUUCUGGGUUUAUUAACUAAAGCUGUUUGAACUUUUCGUUAUAAUCUGGACUUCAUUUGUUGCUAUUCUCAUUUGGGGCAAACAGUAUUUUUUUGCUACACCUAAUGUAAAUAUGAUCAACCUUGUGUCUAUUUUUAAAAAACUCAAACCCAGUGAAUUGAUUGAAUCAACUUACAUUCACACGAUUCACAUCCUUAAAAACUGCCCUGAUGUCUGUUAAGAUCUUAAAGGGACAGUUCACCCAAAAAUGAAAAGUUCUGAUAAUUUACUCAUCCUCAGUCCAUUUUUUUUCCCCAAGUAAAACAUUUAAGAUUUUUUUGUUAGUUUUUUUUAAAGAAAGUUUUGAGCUAAAUUCAUGCUCCAUGGUGAUUCAAAAUGUAAAUUAACUGCUUUUGGCACUUUGAGAGUCAAAAAUUGUAUUUAUUUUUGACUCUCAAAGUGCCAACUAGGGAUGCACUGGUACUGCAUAUUUUUGCUGGAUCAGUUAUCAGCCAGUUGGUACAGAUUUAAAUCCGAUUUUGCGCGUGUGCUAUAUUCUGUGUUUAAAAGCCAACUAAGAUAUAAAGGUAGCCUAUUAUAAGGCACUAGAAAGUUGUCCUGUAGGCCUACUAUAUCCCAAAUGUUCUGAAGCCAUUCUACAGUUUAAUGUGAAGCACAGAUGAAUAUUCACGUGGUUAAAUUCAUGUUCACUUUGGCGCUUUUCUCCACUGCACCUGUCAAUCAUUCUCCAUUCAUUCAUAUUUCAAACUGCAUGUCGCGUUCAUGACAAUAUGAAAACUUUCUCCAAGGCUAUUUGUUCUUGAUAGUUUAAAUAAUCAGUAGAGAACUGGAUUUAAUUUUGCAAUAAGUUUCAUUUUGACCUCCAACAUGGAGAUCAUUGCUGUUUCUAAAUCAUGUUGCGCUGUGUCUGUUAGAUCAGCAGAUCGCAUUCGCAAUACUGGAGUAGAGAGGGUUAUACCUGUUCUUCACACACAAAGUAGGCCUACCUGAAAUUUUAAAUUAGAAAAGCCUCAAUAAUAUAUGGGACAGAUCCUCGACGCACUGAUUCCUUCCCUUUGUGUGGCUCAGUUUUGAAAGUGUCAUACAGGAGGGCUGCGCGCUGUUUCAUUCACGCACCGGCUGCGCAGACACAAUGUGCACUGCUCCGUAAGAUUAUUCUCACAAUGAGUUCCUGUUCUCUCAUCCUUCCGACAGAGUUUAUUCCUCCAAAGAGAAUACUUUAAGUGCAGCGAACAGUUUGAAAAGCCUGGCCCAUUCUGGUCAAAGUAGUUAAUUAAAUUAAUAAAAGUGAAACUGAUGGGUGCAUUAUGGAUUGUCAUUAACAUAACAUUAUUUAGCCUAAUAUAGGCUCCUCUGAAAUUGUGAAUAUUUCACUGUAAUAUUAUUUAUAUCAACAUUUUAUUUAACAGAUCAGUUUGUGUUUUGGCGCUGAAGCAUAUAAGCGGACCUUGUUUCACUCACGGCGAGAUUUGGCGAGGGAAUAUUAAGUUUAGUUUAGUCUGUGUCAAACCUGCAGGAAAAUAUCAGGCUUUGCUGAAAGGCUGAUUAUUUUACCAAAAAUUAGUGUCAAUAGUGAUAGCCUAUUGCAGAUUUCAAAGAAAAAUCUUAUUAUUAAAAAAGGAAACGGAUCAGUCAUAACAAAUGCUCAAAUAAUGUAGCCUAUUUUACAGCAAGCAUCAUGUUUUAAGUUCGAUUGUGCCAUCUGUCAUGUAACAGCCUAUACGUCUGUUAUUUUUAAUAAAGAAGAUAUAUUAUUUGAGUUUAUCACCAGAACUUUAGAAACUGUAUUAUGCUUAAAAAAACAACAACACAUCGGAUCUAUAUCGGUCGAUACUCAGAAUUCUGGUAUCGAGAUCGAAUUGGUUACAUAAAAAUGGUAUCGGUGCAUCCCUAGCGCCAAUAGCACUGCAUUUGUUUAGAGCAGGGGUGUCCAAACUCGGUCCUGGAGGGCCGGUGUCCUGCUGAGUUUAGCUAUUAAGCAACUUGCUUUAAUUCACCUGCCAGGAAGUUUGUAGUAUAUCUAGUAAGAGCUUGAUUAGCUGGUUCAGGUGUGUUUGAUUAGGGUUAGAGCUAAACUCUCUAGGACACCGGUCCUCUAGGACCGAGUUUGGACACCCCUGGUUUAGAGGCAAACAAACAAAUGCAGACAAAAAAUACCCAAGAUUGCUGACGAGGUCUGAUGCAGUGAAAUGAUCAGUUUUUACAAAAUUAUUUCCAUUUUGGGGUGAACUUUUCCUUUAAUAAUAUGGCUGUGUGUUUUUUACUCUUAUAUAUAAAUAUAACUUCAUCACACUUACACUAACACCUUCUACUGCUGCCUGUACAUUACUUUCGCUUUAUGUUUGUCCUUAAAUCAAUCAGUUAUUUUCAGCACGACCCUUUUAUCAUGUAUUAUCAUCACUAUUCGAGUAUUUUAAUUUUUAAAAGGUCAUAAACUCUCAGACUUGAAGCUUUUUAUUUUACUAGAGUUUUGUCCGAUCCACAACCUUGCCUUGUUGUUCCACCAAAUUGCACUGAUGUUUCUCUGAGGUUUACGUGUAGUUAGAAGGCUCAAUCUUUGACCCGCUUCUACCAGAAGUGCCCUUAUUUUCCACUGAGCCUGUAAACAAUGACUAAACCCAACGUGGCUCAUCUAAAAGUGUUCAAGUUAUUUUGGACUUUGAGCAGCUUUAGCCGUUUUCAGUGCACAUUGCACAAGUGUUACUGUCUGAAGCCCAUAAACCACUAAACGUGUGUGAAAAAAAGAACCAAAUGAGAUCAGAAUUCAAAAGAUGCUUUGCUUUGAAACAGUCACUGCUUUUUUAUCAAAUGUACUUAAAAUGUAACUGUGGAAUAUUUGAAGACAUUGAUUUUGAAUUAAAGUGUUAUUGAAUAAAAGAACAAUAAAUGCUUUUUUGUUUGUUA